UCGCAAACGCAUGCGCGCUCUGAAAAAAACAAACGCGGGGAGUUUCUCCGAAGAGCACGCAAGCGAACCAGUCGCCGGCCGGCGCGCAGCUUUCCGGGAGCGAGAGACAGUCUCGAGAGUUGAAAGUCGCACUUGGCGGAAUCGCGAACGCACAGCGACGCUGAGGCUGCAGCGAUAAGCUAUUUCGACCGGCAUCCGCACAACGCUACUAGUCCACCGUUCGUUCAUUUUACUGCCAGGUCGGCCUCUUUUUAACGCUUUUCAGUAAAAAUGUCGCACACCGUGACGGUGACCAGAAUGACGACCACAAGCAGCUCUCCGAUGGUGAUCAACACGGGAUACGCCUGCAAUAUACACGGAGCCCUCAAGGUCCUCGAAACAGUGUUCGGGACCAUCUGCCUCGGUCUUAUGCUGCACUACACCAAGCACAGCAAGGUGGACUUGUAUGGCAUGCCGGGCCAUGAGCUCUACUUUCUGCUUGUGGCGUUCGGCUGCCUGCUCUGCACCUUCCUGUUGCUGGUCUCUUCCUGCUGGUCCUUCACAUCGUCGUCUCUCCUGUCGCGCACCUCCUUUGAGAUUCUGUUCCACCUGGUGGCGUGCGCCCUGUACCUGGCGGCUGGUAUCACGCUGCUGACCAAAACGCUCGACUAUCACCGUAACUUCCGUGGCGAGCAGUACGACGCCCGCAUAGCGGCCGCCGUUUUCGGCAUCAUGAACGGGGCCCUGUACUUGGUCGGCGCCGUCCUGUCGUUCCGGAUUUUCCGACAGGGCUGACCAUGCUCGGCUGGUCUGGGCGUGGCCCGAUUGCCACGAGCUUCUCUUGGCUUUGACGUUAAACGCACUAGCCGCUCUCUGUUCACUCAUACUCAUCUUAGCAUCAUUGUUGCUCUGUGUACCCGAGCACGGCGGAGUCAUUCUCGUCUCCGCGUAUGUGUCAUGUAUCGUUUGUGCUUAGAGGCCAGUUUGCGUGCACGUGUUUGUGCUGCACAUUUUAGAACGCACAGCGUCCUCGCGGCACUCGGUGUCGUCAUUGUCGUCUUUUUUGUCGUGUUCGAUGAUAAACAAGGAGGCUUCCUUGUUUUGCAUCGGCUCACUGAGUCGCUCGCACAUGCACACACACACACAGACAAUGUUCUGUUUCGGUGUUCACUGCCAGUUACUAAUUAAGUUACUAAUUUUGGUGCAACUUGAAGUGGAAAGUCAUUAGGAGUUGACUGUUGAAAUGUAUGCAACCCAGCGAUGUCCUGUUCAUGCCACGAAUUAAGAUGGCAGAGCGCUCUACGUCCCCCUGGUGCUUAAAAGUGCCAAAGUUGUACGCUCUGCGCUAAACGCCCAAUCAGGUAGACGUUAAUACCUCAUCACGCACAAGUGUUAGCCGAACUGUAAAAAUCAUUUUUGCAAUGACGAAAAAUGUAUAGAACAUUCGUGUACCCUAUCAGAAGGCAACCGAAACAGUGUAAUAUCUACAACACGCAGCAUGCAAUAAGACAAUAGACCCAUAUGCCUGCAGCGAGCACAGGUGUGCUUAAUGUUUUGCUUGUGUUACAGAGGUUAUCCGUACGUUCUUUGCCUGUAGCGCCUCUCCUGUUUUCUGCAGCACUCUUUUAGCGAGAUUUUGUUGUUGUGUUUCUUUCAUGCAAUAUUAAAAGAAAGUAUAUUUAACUCUUGAAUUCACUAGCGAUCUCCUUGUUGCCACCGACUUUUGGUGCAAUCAAAGACCGAAGGUGGCCAAACAGGUAAAAGGAAAGAAAAGAUAAAGAAACCGUGCGUGUAUUUAGAAUUGGGUUAAGAAAUAAAACAAGCUGUCUAAAAAAAUGUCUGACAGAGUUUUCGACCUCUUGAUUUCUCAAGUUCUUAUCACAGUUUUCUUUUUAAAAAUUUCUAGUAAUACUUGGGGUAUGUUGCACGGAUAUGAGAACUCAUUUUUAAUUUUUUGCAUGGCCGUCUGACACAAUGAUGUUGCGCACAUUGGAGACAAUGGCAAUUAACCGGCAGAAGAUAGCGAGAGUGAUUCCUCACUUUUUAUUAUCACUCCAUGGCAUGCAGUGACAAUGACUCGUGUGACACAACGUACAUGAACUCUGCUCUUAUUGCUGCGCAAAACUAGAAUGGCAACGCUUGAUAAUUACUAUUGUUGUUCUUGUCAAAACGAUGUUGUUCUGAAAGCCCGUAUGGCGUGCGCCUAAAAAUGUGUUAUGUUAGGUCACUCAUGCAAGCAAAAUUUGUCGCGUUUCGUGCCUUCCAUCUGCCAAGCGACGUUAUUGAAAAGAAAGAAAAACAAAGAAAAAAAAUCUCAUAUGAAUACGUGUUUAGCUACUAAACUGCCUUCUAUACAGUCACCUUGGUAACUUAAAGCAUUUCGCGCUUGUUGUUUACCGCUUUUCGUAGACAAAUGAUGGCGCACCAGUACUUGCCGUUGGCCAAAGUCCGUCCACGCGUAAAGCACUGCCUUAUUCGAAGGUGCAUUCGCCGCUCUGGUUAUCAUAGUAGAUGUAUCUGUGCCACGGGCCUGUUACUGGUUGUGAUCUGUGUCAUUGCGAAGAAGGCGGCACCGAUUCGAAAGAGACAGGCAGAAUGUGAUUUACGGCAAUCGUUUUAUAGGCGGUUUUGUGGCGUUUGGGGUCGCGCAGAAACUUGCCCACUCAAUUUUACGCGCUUGUAGUGUGUUCGCUCCCCCCCCCCCCCUCUCUUUUUUUUUUUGCUAAAUAUGUUGCGAUAAGUUGCGGCUGAUGCUUUGCCGAACUGUUAAAUUUUCACCAGCUAUUGAAAAAAAAAAACUUUCCACGUCGAAAUACAAGGUUUGCACCUUCGAAUAUAUACUGAAAAAAUGAGUUCGACAUGAAGCUGAGCCAUUUGGGUCAGUUUCAGCGAAAUGAUAAAAAGGUGGUUCAGUUGGUAGUUCAUAUUCUUUCAGCGCACAGUUAUUUGUCAGCCGGACUAGCGUAACUUGAUAACGGGUCUUUCUGCACAGUAGAUUGAGAAUAAUUGCAGUUAUGAGAAAAUUCUGCGACAGCGCACAAGAAAAUGUCUAAGAAAGUAACUUAUGAAGUAGAUUCAAAAGGUUAAGAAAGAAAAACACACUUCACUAGACUUAGUGGUGCUAUUCUUAACAUAACAAGAAAAGGAAAGCAAAUCUAAUGAGGAUGGAGCUUUUCGAAGAAGAAAAGUGUUACCCAUGGCCAAAAGGUUUUUUUUUUUUUUUGUCGCGCGUCCACUUCACAUCCACCUGGUCCUAGCAUACAUCUUAACAGACAGCACUAAAUGUGUAGUACAUGGCGAUGGUGUACUUUGCUUUGAUUAGAAGUCAAAGCUAGCGGUGCUGCAUUCUUUUUAGACAGCCUAACGUGGACAAUCAGGAUGCGCCUAUCGAUUGAAGCAAUCUCGGAAUUAGAAGCUUCAGAACUUCGGCAGACGAGCAGCUCUGAUUAUACAACUGACGAAUGUAGUCCACAAUAUUCUGCGCAAUAAACGUUUUAAUGGGCUCUACGUCUUUAGCAGUCAUUGCGUUGUGAGUUUCCGCACCGUCCCGCUUUUACAUCCCUAUUUCCCAUCGCCAUCCCCGUUGUGAGAAAAAAAAAAUGCGUUGGCCAAUAUAUGUAUAUUUCUUGUGUGUUUUCAUGUAGCGAACAAUAACCGACGCAUACCUUGUAUCCGCACACUAUAUAGGGUGCAACCACGUGUACAAGCUUUCGUCGACCUCUCGUGUAUCGCCGAUGUGCCUAAUAAACUUUGACGUAUUA